GGAUUCAAGAUGUAUUCAGUGAUGCAUGGCAGCCCGAGCGAAAGUUCCAGGCACAAUUUGAGUUUGAAGAAUUCGAGAAGAAUGAACGGAGACGCUGAACCCUUGCUCCGUUUUUCAGAAGCAAAGAAAGUUUUAGGAGAUAUUUACACGGAUUUGGGAAAACAUGUGGAUGAAUUGGAUGAGGUUUACAAAGAUGGGUCUGUAUCACUGGUCCCGGCCGAACAAGCUGAUGAAAUAGCUCUUUUCCGUGAUUCCAUAAAAACAAUCAUGGAGACAUUCAGAAGGGAUAACAUGAAAGUCGUUUUCUUCGGAAGAACAAGCAAUGGAAAAAGUACGACGAUAAAUGCCAUGCUUCACGCGAAAAUUCUUCCUCAAGGAAUGGGUCAUACAACGUGUUGCUUCUUACAGGUACAAGGUUGCGAUGAAGAUAAUGGCUACCUUUUACACGAAGAUGAUCCGAAUCGCAUACCAAUCAGUCAAUUGGGCAAAAUCGGUCAUGCCUUGAGUAGCGACAACUCCGAUUUACCAGCCAUGGGACAAGAUUCGCUGCUUCGAGUAUUCUAUCCCAAAGGUCACGGCGAAGGAGAGAAUCGACUUUUACAGAAUGAUGUAGUUAUUUUAGACAGUCCGGGUGUAGAUCUAUCACCAGAAUUCGACAGUUGGAUCGAUAAACAUUGUUUAGAUGCAGAUGUUUUCGUAUUGGUGUUGAAUGCGGAGUCAACACUCACGCAAGCAGAAAAAAGUUUCUUCUACCGCGUUGCAAAAAAACUCAGUAAACCAAACGUGUUUAUUUUGAAUAAUCGUUGGGAUGCCAGUGCGGCAGAGUCUGAACACGUUGACGAUGUGAAGCAGCAACAUUUGACUCGUUUCCGCCAAUUUCUUGUUAACGAACUGGAGGUUGCUACUGACCGUGACGUUAAGGACAGAAUUUUCUUUGUUUCAUCGCGAGAGGUUCUUGAAUCCCGGUUGAAAGCACGGGGUUUGUUGAAAAAUCCCUACCAAGUUGAUGGUCAUCAAGUUCGGGCAAUGGAGUUUGAGAUGUUCGAAAAGCAGUUUGAGCACUGCAUAUCGAGAUCUGCUAUCCGAACGAAAUUCGAAGCCCACAAUCGGAGAGCGAACGAGAUAAUAGCAAGAAUGCGUGCAAAUGUUGAUGUUGUUUACUCAGCCGCAAAUCGCAACAAGGAGUUUCUUGAGAAGCAACUUCAAGACAGCACCAUUGUGUUUAAUAACUGCCGAACUAACUUUGCACAAUUCGAACGGGCCUACAGAGAACAAACUGAGCGUCUGAGAGCUGAAGUUCAUUUGAAGGUUUCCGCAGAUUUCAGCGAGGAAAUAAUGAGGCUUGAGGCUAUUGUUGACCGAUUCAACAUGCCAUUUAUGGAUACUAAGGAAGGAAUUGCGGAAUAUAAACGGGCGCUAGCUGAUUUCACCGAUAAAUGUGUCAGUUCUGAUCUUGAAGCAAGGUGCACUGGUGGAUUGAUGUCUCGGAUAUGGAAUCUCGAGAAUGAUAUGUUCCAAUAUGUAACGCAGAUCUUAUCCCCACCAUAUCAACAUAAGUUAGAGGAGGUGUGGAGGUAUCGCGCGCCGUUUAAAUUCAGCAUUUGUGUUGAUGCACCUGCACUGACGAAAGAUUUUCACGAGGAUCUGGAAUUUCGUUUCACAUUUGGUUUGUCUGCUAUUAUUCGUCGCAUUAUUGCCUAUAGAUCAGGUCAACCUGUGACGGCAAUUCAGACCAACCUCCUAACACCAAUAGCGUUGGUCAAUUUGCACGCUGAGGCAAUGCAAAAGGCUGUCGAAGAAAAUGCAAUGAUGACGCAAAUGGUAUUAACCUCAGCCAGCUAUCUGGCUAAUGGGAGUAUCGGGCUGCUGAUCAUUGGUGGAAUUGUUUAUAGGGCUGUGGGCUGGCGGAUAAUCGCCGUAUCCGCAGCAACAUAUGGGGGCCUUUAUUUGUGGGAGCGCAUGCGAUGGAAUUCCCAUGCAAAAGAGCAACAUCUCAAAGAGCAAUUUCGGGCACACCUCGCUGCGCGUAUGCAACAAGUUGGAGCAGCACAUACAACACAUUGUGAAACACAAGCCAUGCGAGAAAUGGACCAGGUUUUUGAUGGUCUUCGAGCAACUGUUGCAGGCGUGCAUAGGGAGAUGAAAGAGGAGUUGGACAACAAUAAAAAGGAAAUUGAAAAAGUGGAUGGCACGCUGAAGAGCCUUCUUACGAUCAAAGGGAAAACGGCUUUUCUUCUGCGAAGUUUGGAGCAGUUCUAUUCGUCUUUCUUGCGGGCAGACUCUCCUUCACUUUAG